ACUUCGAACGCAGUGACCAAGAUUCCAGUAUUCUUAACGUUUGAGCGUCGAAAAAUGAUCGACGAAAAACGGGAGGAAUUAUAUACACAACGCCUUAAAGAACCCCUAUCAUGGCUUGACUUUCUUUUUGAUCAUAAACUCCUUGAAGAGCAUUUAAAGCAACCAAAUCCUAUACCUUCGGCAUUCGAUUUAAUAAGGGAUUUCCUAUACCAAGCCGAUCUUGUAACAAAAGACAGAGAUGGCAGAAAUAGUCCAAGUCUCCCAGGUAGAGAAAAUAGAAAAGCAAAAGCGCUUAAAAUAUUAGCCCUUAAAACCUCAGCUUUUCUCAAAUGGGACGCAGGGCUCUUAAACAAGAAAUUACCAGUAGCUGUCGUUUACAAAGUAUUGAUGGAAUUACUACAAGUUGCUUCAGGCAAUAUUAUUUCGAAUCCAUUUAAUCAAAGAGAAUUUUCAAAUCAACCCCCUUAUGUAAAUUUUGCUGUAAUUCUUUACCACGUGUGGGCGGUGAGAUAUAUAAUUAAGGAAAGCUUUAUAACGAAGCCAAAUCGUGCACCAAGUUUGCAAUUGCCUGGAUUAAUAGAUACUACCACGGCCUUCUUGGUUUUAAGGGAGGAAGUAUUCAACGCGAUUAAAGAUGGCUUGGAACAAUCAGUAGAGAUUCUAGAAUCGGCUUUAAAACAUAAUAGUAUAGUUACUAUGCCUACUGUGGAAUGUUUACAAAUGUUCACUGAAGACAUUGGCAUGGUCGCACAUGAUUGGACUCUUGGUGAGGAAAUUGCCUGUGAAGAGAUGCACUGUCAAAUAUCCUACGAUCUAGGAAGUUUCUAUUUUUUACAUCAACAAUGUGAUAAGGCCUUUCAAUGUUUUACUCAAUGCACAUCAUUAUUGAAAAAACUCCAUAAAAAAUCUUUUCUAUCAAUAAAUGAGAAAAAAUUAGCAGGCUAUAUGUUUGCAUUGGAAUAUAUUUGUUGUAAGCGAGUAUCAGAUGAGACAUUUGGCUUAACAGUUCAACAAUGUAAAUCAAAUAAUUUUCAUGGCUUAAUUUCAAAUUUGAUGGAAGACAAUAGAACUCAUCAAUUAUCAAUAUCGGAAAGACUAAGCAUUGAGCUAGACGUAAAAUAUUCGGAAAAAAGUCAAUUAGAUGCAGAAAAUAUAUAUGAAGAUGUUAUUGCGUGCAACAUGAUUCGCCUGUCGCAAGAAAAAAUAUUAUUGCCUCAUCAUUACCUCGAUAUGAUGCAAAAUAACUCAACUUUUCUCUCCUCUUUCUUCAAAUUUAUGGAAGAUAUUCUAUCAGAGAGUACAAUUAGGGGGCUAGAAGGAAUAAAGAGUUUAAUCAAAUACCUGUGCCGACAUGUUGAAAAUAAACAAGACAUUCAAGAUAAAUUGAAAGGAAAUAAAACAGUUUUAAAACAUUUUAAUGAAGAAGAGAAACAAUGUCUUUUUGAGAAACAAAUACCUAUUGAUUGGAAAAAAAUUGAAAACGAAAGAACCAUUGAUAUAAGAAAUAACUGCGAUACAGCGAAACUGGAACAACUACUCUUAAGCAACAAUGAUGCUAAUACUAUAAAGGAAUUAGUCAGCGUCCUUCUGAAGGCUAUAGGAAGAAGUAAAUUAAUUCAUCUAACAGAUAAGUUUUGGUUACCUAGCAACCAACACAGAAUAGUCGAAAACGUAAAAGAUGGAGAAAAAUUAGUUGCUCAGAUUUAUAUGGCCAAAUCUCGGAUUGCGUUUCAUUUGAAACUUUACGAUUGUGCAAGAAAAUUAAAGAUGGACGUUGCAUCAAUGAUAUCUGCUCAAUUGCACAAAAGACUAGACAGGGUUUUGAAGGGUGACAUGCAACUUAUAAAUCUUCUGCAAUACGAAGCUUUUGAGACUCUUCCUCCCAAAGGGCAAACUAUUGUCGUCCUUUUAACAUGGUCAAGAUCUACUUUGAACAGUCUUGUUGGAAUGCCACCGGAUACCCCUGAUAAACCCCCUGUUGAAGUUAUAGAAGCUUGUGUUAUGCUAUUAAUCAACAGAAGUGAUUGGCAAGUUCUGUGUCAAUUAAAAACUAAUUCACCAGUUGUUGAAUUUGCUAGAUAUAUUGCUGAAUUCUGCAAUCAACUACUAAUAAACAAUCCGCAAAGUAGUCGUCAUGCUGCAAGGGAACUGUUUGAUCAAAUUAUUUUAAUUUUUACAAGAAGCCCUAAUCCAAAGAGACCAACUGGAAUGUGUGAAUCUCUUGGUUUGUUAAGCCAACAAGGUUAUAAGGAAUUUGUAAGUCGUCUACGAGAAGAACAAGUCAUUAGCAUAUUGGUUUCAUCAAUAACCAAACUAUAUUCACAUCUAAAGAAUGAAAUUACGACAGAAGUGCGAAGUGAACAUGAAUCGUGGUUGCCAAGUGCUUUGGGAAGCUCAACGAACAUUUGUCACGAAGCCGUUCAAGAAGCCGUUUAUGCCACAUUCGAGAGAGCCUUUAAAAUAGAUCCAAAUCAUCCGGAGUGGCUUCGAACCUAUGGCGAUCUUUGUUUAGGUAAUUGAAAAGCCGUUGCAAUUUUCGUUUCUUUAGUUUAAUAUAACUAAUUGCUUUUUUCAAUUUACGAUAAUAGAUAAAAAAUAUUUUUUCCUUUUAUACAAAAAACGUUUCCAUUUAUUGCUAUGAAAGUGAAAAAUAAUUAUAGGGUAAUCAGAGUAGCCUAACGCAACAAAAAUAUCCAAUUAGUUUCUUAUGUCAAACUUAAAUGGACACGGGAUAGUUACAUACUAAGUAACUAAUUGCUGACUGUUCUUUGUAGCACAAAAUCAUUGGACGGAAGCCUUUAGAAAUUAUCUCCUACUUGGUAUCAGUACUUCUCGAGGAUUUAAUGACAUACCACCUAGAAAAUACUACGACGAUGAGACUUAUAGGAGGAUGAUAAAAUGCUGUACAUAUAUGAAGUGUUUCACCCAAGUUACCAUCCUUUCUCAAAUGUUGGAUUCAGUGGAUUAUUCGACGGCAUUGAAAGCCAUACAAGAGCGCCAGUCUUAUGACGCCCAAGACGCAUUAUACAAGUUCAUAUGGGAUACAACAAUACUUGAGUAUAUUAUCUAUACCCAUGAUAAAAGAUUUGAAAGUUCAAGAAAGAAACUAAGCAUGAAAUGUUGCGGUAUAUCUGAAUUGAACAGCUCCAAUCCACAAGAAAUUUUAAGAGACGCGUCAAAGCAGAGACAAAUGCAAUUUUUUCAGGCAAUUGUUAGACGUUACUUUUGAUAUACAUUUUUUUUUUAUUAAAACAAACACAAACAAAAAUUAUUCUACAUAAAAAAUUGACAUUUUUUUUUCUUGGUUAAAUAAAUGUUC